AUGGACGACUCCGAUGAUGAGUUUAUAUCUGGAGACACUAGGUCACCUUCCUCGCGUCUAUCCUCAUCAGCUCCAGAAUCUAAUAUUCCUGCGAGAGAUGGGGUCUCAGGAAGAACAAGGUCGCGAGAUGUGCGGAGUGGAGAGAUUAGUGACUUAAAAAGAGAAAACGGUUAUGCAUGGGAGGACGAGUAUCAAAGAUCAUGGGAUAUAGUUAAAGACGAUAAGCUUGGAAGUGGCUCAUUUGAGGCAAUGGUCCAAACGAUUAUUGAAAACCGCAAAAAGAAGAUUAUGAAAAGUUUGAGCACCCCUUUUCAAAGAGGUAUUAUACGGACUUUGGUGAUUGUUAUCGAUGGGUCACUACCGAUGGCCGAGAAAGACUUGAGACCAACAAGACUCUCAUUAACUUUAAACUAUCUCCAAGAGUUUGUUGUGGAGUUUUUCGACCAAAAUCCAAUUUCACAAAUCGGGCUUAUCUUAACGAGAAAUGGCAUUGCACAUCUAAUUAGCGAGGUCAGUGGACUGCCGCAGUAUCAUAUUGAUAAAUUAAGGCAAUUGAAAGCACGUCAACAUAACAAAUAUGAACCAAAAGGCGAUCCAUCACUACAAAAUUCGUUGGAGAUGGCCCGAUCGUUGUUGAAAUUCAACUUUGGUACGACAUCAAACAAUACGAAAAACUCAAAAGAAAUACUAGUUGUGUUUGGGUCAUUGUCUACUAGUGACCCUGGGAAUAUACAUAAAACAAUUGAAGGAUUAGUGAAAGAUGACAUCAAAGUGAGGGUCAUUGGAUUAUCGGCACAAGUGGCAAUAUGUCAAGAACUUGUAAAUAAAACCAACCACGAACCAAGAAACACCAUGUCCAAACACUAUGGAGUUAUCAUGAACGAGUUUCACUUUAAAGAACUACUAAUGGAUUGUGUCACCCCUUUGCCAUUAACUGAAAACGUCGAGCAAAAUGCAGAUGAUGUCGAGGGAGUACCGGUGAUAAAAAUGGGAUUCCCUUCCAAAAUACAACCAACGUUGACUUCCAGUAUUGGAAGCACGGAUUUCAUAGUUGAGUUCCCGCAGUUAAAUGCCUCACAUCCGUCACAAGGUUCUGAAGAAAUAAGGGACACCGUCGAAGUCAACAACAAUAACUUACCCCACGCUUCCUCUUCAAUUGUUGGUUAUCAGUGCCCACAAUGUAAAAGCAAAGUAUGUAAUCUACCUACAAUUUGCCCAGUUUGUGGUUUGAUGUUGAUUCUAUCAACCCAUUUGGCAAGAUCUUACCAUCACUUGGUCCCGUUGGCACCAUUUAAAGAGGUUCCUGUAAGCUCAUCAUAUUCGAGCGAGUAUUGCUAUGGAUGUCAGCUAAAAUUUCCAAGUGGAAUCGAGCUGGACCCAGCAAAGGAAACUAUUGCCACAAUGACCAGCUCCCGUUAUAGUUGCCCAAAAUGCAAUCAAGAUUAUUGUAUAAAUUGUGACGCUUUUGUUCACGAAGUCUUGCAUAACUGUCCUGGUUGCGAAAACAAAGGUGUUUGA